AUGGAUGCUCCAUCGAAUGAGUUGAGAAAAGGUGCAUGGACCGCUGAAGAGGAUUUCCUUUUAAGGAAGUGCAUUGAUAUGUAUGGAGAAGGCAAAUGGCACUUAGUUCCUUCAAGAUCUGGGCUAUAUCGAUGCAGGAAGAGUUGCAGACUAAGAUGGUUGAACUACUUGAAGCCAAGUAUCAAGAGAGGAAAACUUAGCUCUGAUGAAGUUGAUCUUCUUUCUCGCCUUCAUAAGCUUCUAGGAAACAGGUGGUCCUUGAUUGCUGGUAGAUUACCUGGUCGGACCGCUAAUGACGUCAAGAAUUACUGGAACACCCAUAUGAGUAAGAAAUCAUACCCAUCUUGUAAGAGUGAGAUUAAAGAGGGAAACUCUUCUAGCUCAGCGGCCAUCCCAGCCUCAAAAGCCAACGUCAGAAAACCCCAACCUCGAUCUUUUGCCAACAACAACAGUCUCAGCGGCGUGAACUGCCUGCCAGAAGUUGACAUAGAUGAUAGUAUUACAUGUACAAAAGAUGAGGAAAAUGUAAUGGAUGGAGAUAAUAUGUGGUGGGAGAGUUUGCUGAAGGAGGACGGUGGGGUAGAUACGGUGGAUCCGACAGCCAUGGCUACUGACGAGGCAGGUACGUCGCUGAUGAACUCAUCGUCGUCCAUGUUUGACAUUGACAAACUUUGGAGUCUGUUCAAUGAAGAAACCAAGGAGCUUGAUUAA